UUGAAGUCUUCUCCUGUGAAUACCCGUCAAUUACAUUAUUUGGAUAUUUAUAGCCAAUAUGGAUACUGUUUAUGAUCGUGCAUUAUCAGAAGUUGGGGACAAUGGUCUAUUUCAAAAAAAGUUUGACUUGGUUUAUAAUAUAGUACUUCCAUUUUUUUGGAUGAUGUCGUAUAAUAACUUAUUAUUUGUUCUGGCUAUUAUUCCACAUUCUUGUGAGCUUCCAGAAAAACCUACAAAUGUAAGUGAACUUGCAUGGAAAUCGAAAUAUAUACCCACGUUUCAGGACACAAUAGGAAGAAGCAAAUUCAAUGAUUGUUCAAUUUACGUUAAUCCUGACGUAAACAAUGAAACUAGAAGCUGUGUUAAAUAUGCAUAUGAUAAAACUUGGUAUGAAUCCACGGUAGCUUCCGAUAAUAAUUGGGUUUGUGAUGAUGAGCUCUAUGUGGCAAAUGUUUUCUCAAUCAGCAAAUUUGGAGAAAUAGCUGGAGCUUUGAUUUUCGGUUGGUUUGGAGACGUAUACGGACGUCGAAUGACUUAUAUAAUUUCUUUGGCUUUAAUAGUUGUUGGAAGGAUUGUCUCUCUUUUGGGAAGUCAUUCUUUCAUUUUCUUUGUAAGUGGCGCUCUGGUCACAUGCUUAUCAACAUGGACAGUUGUGCAAAGUACAUAUGUGAUAUCUAUGGAAAUGUCAGCACCAGAUAGACGCGCCGUAGUCACCACUCUUCGGAAUACAUCGAUAAGUGUAGGCAUGUGCGUGCUGCCGUUAUUGUAUUGGUGGCUUAGAGACUGGAAAAUAUUAAUGUCUAUUACCACAUCGUCGCAAUUACUUUUUAUGUUUUUUUCUUGGAACAUUAUAGAAUCUCCUCGGUGGUCGUGGCUUUCGGGUAAAAUAGAUGAUUGUAUUGUCCAUCUUCGGCGGAUUGCUGCUACCAAUAAGACUACGUUAAGUCCUGAAAUUGAGAACGAAAUACGAAGAACACCACCAAUUGGGAAAAUUCACUCGCUAGGCGUGUUUGCUCUGUUCACUCAUUGGAACCUGGCUACGAAUACCGUUUUACAAUUAGUUAUAUCAUUGAUUGUAACCUUAACGUAUACAAUUCUUCUUUUCACUCCCGGUGAGAAGUCCGACGGCAAUCCGUUUUUGGAAGCCUCUUGGCAAGGUUUUGCAGAAUUUCCAGGAUACUUUCUAGGCGCCUUGCUGGCAGAGCGUGUUGGGCGCCGUUACACGGGUGCUAUUUCCUUUAGCAUUUCGGCUCUCAUGUGGAUCAUAGUCGCAAUUCGCGAAAAUUAUUCAAAUGGAUGGAUCCAAAGUCAUUGGAUCGGAACUUCAUUAUUUUUUACAAACCGGUUAUUUACUACAUGUACAUAUUACACUAUUAGUAUGUUUAAUAUGGAAUUGUAUCCAACGUGUCUGAGGCAAUCUGGGAUUUCAUUGGGAAACGUUAUAUCUAGUGGAGGUGCAGCUAUUGCGCCGUACGUUUUAUACUUGGGACGUCACGUAGAUUCAAGGUGGCCGGGAUUACUCUUAGCUGGAGUCUCUUUAGUUGGAGUUACUAGUUGUCUACUGCUUCCAGAAACUUUAAACGCAAAACUUCCAGAAACUAUUGAAGACGCGCAAAAUUUUGGAAAAAAAUACUCUCUGUUAUCAAAACUGUCGUUGAGAAAGCAAGAAGACACUACUGUUGAAUAAAUCUAUACGUA